AUGUUAAUAAAUUUGCUUUUAGUUUUCAUUUAUUUUGUAAAUAGCAAGAAUAUUAAAGCAAAUCGCAAUUUCAAAGUUCCUUAAAUUACUGCUGAUUAUUUAGUGAAAUGUAAGAAUGUAUUUACAUAUUAUUUGGAAUAAAAAAAUAAAAUAGUUUUGGAAGAAGAAUUCUAAGCUGAAAAAACAGAAAUUGAUCAUAUAUCUGCUGCUGAUAUUUAAGGAAUAGCAGAAGACAAACCAAUUAUAUUUGAAAGUCCAAUUUUAUUAUAAUCUGGACCAAUCAGAUCAACAACAUUGUAUAAUCAAUUUGGAUUUGUUCAAACUUGGACAAUCUUACAUCAUGAUGAUUUUGAAAAUAGGAACUCUAUGCUUGGUUGGAAUAUACCUCAUAGAGCUUAUUGUGAACUAAAGGGAAUCCAUUAUACUGAUGUAGAAGGCUCUCCAUAAAAUGAUCAUUUCAUACAUGAAGCUAAUUGUAAUGUUAAUAAUCCAAGUCUUCAGAAAACGUACAAUACCAAUAUAGAACAUAAUCAUAUAAGAGUCAGUGCAGAAUUAACAAUCUUUGGAGAUUGGAAUGGAGAUAGUAUUAACGUCUUAAUUGACAAUAAAGUUGCAUGGAGUAAAGUAUUUUAAGGGGAAAUCACUUAAGCAGAACAUCCUUGUCCUGCUUUAUUUGCACUUGGUAUUCCUGUUUAAUUUACUAUGGAACAUAAAACACAUGAAUUUACAAUAUCAUUUUAAGCAAAUCAUAAAAGACAUCCUUGUGAUGGCAGUUUUGGAGUUGAUGAUAUUAUAGUUUAUUAUAAAUAAUGA